UGUAUUCCCGCCUGUUUAACGUACUAAGGUUAUCUUGUAAGACGAAGCCAAAAGCAAUAGAAUAUCCAUUUAAGCAUCUGUAUCAGAGUACAACUUUGGAUUCGGCUAGCGCGAAAUUUGGGCUUCUUUCUUCUGAUGUGAUGUUUUUAUAAAGUAGUCAAAAUGAAACGCACUCGAAGCAGUAUUAAACGAUAUGUUGAAAGUAGUGAUAGUGAGGAUGACCCUCCUUCAAAAAAACUGAUUUCACCACAAGCACCAAAAGCUGAAAAAAAUACAGAAAGCUCCUCUAGUGAGAGCGAUAUCGAAAACUACCUCCAACGACCAGAUAAAUUAGAUUUAAACUCUGAAUUUUUCAAUUCGCGUAAAAAUGAUGUUCCUGAUUUUAAUAAGAUCGAAAAUGAGAUAUUUGCUGGAAUAACGAGGCUUAGUGAAUCAGAUUCCAGCAGUGAAGGUGAAAAAAACUAUUCAAAUGUGAUGCUCGCAGAAACGAGUUCAAAGUCAUUUAGUAAAAAACUGGAAACAAACUCCAACAAACGAAAAUUAAGUACUUCAGUUGUGGAACCAAAUUUAGAUGCUCUAAAACCAAUUAAAAAUGAAUGUGAUGUGUUAGAACCAACAUCUAAGUUAACUUUUGAUCAGUUUAAAAAUUACACCAGAAAAAUAGAAGAGGCCAAAAAAAUUGUAGAAAAGUACAACGCCCGACACAGAACAGAAGAAAAAAAAAUUGAUAUUAUCAAUAUUCUCACCGCAGGUGAGAUGAAACCCGUGGAAGGGCUAUCUAUUGAGCCCGGUGAUUUACAUUCAAGUGAUUUUGAUUCAACUGAUGAGGAAGCAGAAAACUGGGAAGAAAUUAGUCCUAACAAAUUACUAAAAAGUCAAGAUCUUAUCCCAAAGAAAAAUGUUGAAAUUACUAUUGGCAUGCCCGAUGUAGUGAGAAAGAAAAAGGGGAUUGAUCUACUAGCAGUUAUGAAACGAAGGCUGAAUCGCAUAAGAAAAGAGAACCAAAUAUUGGUCCACAAAGUUCAUUUGUUGUGUUGGAUAGCACAUGGCAACUAUGUCAAUUGCCAAAUUAACGACACUCAAGUAUUAGGGUUGGCAUUGUCGCUUUUACCAUCAGAACAAUGUUAUCCUUCAGAUAGAACUGAUCUCAGUUAUUUAGAGCAAAUAGUGCAGUGGUAUAAACGGACAGUGAGAUGCAUAGAAAAACCCCAAGAAGAUGUUCCUCUGGUUGGGCUACUGCAGCAACAGAUUUCCAAGAAAGAGGCGAACAGCAAUAAAAUGUUAGUUUUGAUUUUUGUAGCUGUGCUAAGAUCUCUGGGAAUUCAAUGUCGGCUCAUAAUAUCUUUGCAAGUUGAACCUUUACGACCUCCCGCGAAUGAACUUCACUCAUUAACUUCGAAAGUUGGAGGACAAUGCAGAGGCGGUGAUAAAAAACCUGUACACAGUCAAAGUAAUAAGGAAUUAUUAAAAACUGUUGAACCUAGUACUUCAACAAAAUCUAAGGAAAUAAAAAAUACAAAUAUCAAAACUCAGAAAGGUGACAAAAAGAUUAAAGAAAAAAUUGUUGAAGGGGCUAAGGGGGUAACAACAAAAACCAAGUUAGGUGAACCAAAAUCUGAAGGUAAAAAUGUGUCGGCCAAAUUACGAACUUGUCGACGUGCUAAAAAUACUUCAAUUUCAACUUCCACGCCACGCAAAAAUUUGGAAAAUUGCAACCCAUCAAAGCAAAAAUCAAAAGCAAUGCAAGAGAAAGAUGUGAAACUUAAACAUUCAUCAAAGUCUGUCAAGAAAACACAAAUUUCAAGAUCUUCAAUGAGAGAGGAAAAAUUAACCACGCGGAGUACUAGCACCACAUCUCAUAAAUCUGAUAAGAAAUCAACACAGAAAGCUGUUACACACAAUAUUAAACGGAAAGAAAUUGAUAGUUCAAAAUUAAAAAGUGGUACCACAAACUCAGACAUCCUGAAAACUGGGCCAAGGUUUGCGGAUGCGCCUAAACGUGAUAGAACCAUUAAAACUGCAGCAAGCGUGUCUAAAAAAUCAAUUCCAAAAGUAAAAAUUCAACAAGUUGAUGGUGCAAAUUGCUCCUCUAGUAGUGAAGAAUUUAUAAUUCCUCAGCUAGAUGGCGCCGGAGAUAAAAAGAAUAAGAGGCCUAAUUUAAACAAGUUGAAAGGAGAUACUAAAAUUUCUGACAAAAUUUUGAAGAGAGAUGAUACAGAUAGUGAGUUUGUUGCUAAUCUGCAAAGAAAUACAAAGCAUAAAGACAAAAAAAGUCCCAAUCUCGGAAAAUUGUCAGAAUGUAAAAAAAAUGUUCUUUCUAAACAAGUAGAUGUCCGAAAUGAUAUAAUCGAUCUUAUAAAAGGUAGAAUAAAGGAACAAAAGCACACGGACCAAAGAAAGAAAGUAAAAAAGACGACAAAAGAAAGUAGCGAUUCAGACAGUGACUAUCUUCCAGAAGUGGUCAUAAAGAAACAAGUGGAUAGCGAGGAUGACUUCAAACCAAAAUCCAAAGUGAAAACCAGGAUCCCAGGCAAAAUGACUUUGAUCAGGAUGGAAGAUGAAAAGAAGAAGAGAACUGGAAAUGAUUAUUGGGUGGAAGUGUUUUUGGAAUCAGAAGAAAAAUGGAUUUCAGCUGAUUUGGUGUAUGGCCAAGUUCAUUGUGUUAAGGAAGUGUAUCAAAGAGCAACUCACCCAGUGUCCUAUGUACUGGCUUGGAAUAAUGACAAUACCUUGAAAGAUGUCACACAACGAUACUGUCAAAACUACAACACAGUCACUAGAAAAUUGAGAAUAGAUUCAAAGUGGUGGAAUGAGUCUCUUAACCCAUUUGUAGGAAAAUCCACUGCCAGAGAUUUAGAGGAAGAUGAGGAUUUAGCUAGACAGCAAUUGGAUCAACCUUUGCCCAAGUCAAUAGCUGAAUACAAGAAUCACCCAUUAUAUGUAUUAAAGAGGCAUUUGCUUAAGUUUGAAGCUCUAUAUCCACCAGAUACUCCAACUUUAGGUUUUAUUAGAGGAGAAGCUGUUUAUCCAAGAGGGUGUGUCUAUACUUUGCAUUCCAGAGAUAUUUGGCUCAAACAAGCAAAAGUCGUUAAACUUGGUGAACAGCCAUACAAAAUUGUUAAAGCCAGGCCUAAAUAUGAUAAGUUAUCCAAUAAGAUGAUAACUGAUCAAAUGUUAGAAAUCUUUGGCUUAUGGCAAACCGAAGAUUAUGUUCCACCCACAGCCGAAAAUGGGGUGGUUCCCAGAAACGCUUUUGGAAAUGUUGAUUUGUUUAAGCCUUGCAUGUUACCAUUCGGAACUGUGCAUUUGAAAUUGCCUGGUCUAGCAAAAGUGGCAAAAAAAAUGAAUGUCGAUUGCGCACCAGCUGUUGUUGGCUUCGAAUUUCAUUCUGGUUGGAGCGUGCCAACAAUUGAUGGCUUCGUGGUUUGCAAGGAAUACGAAGAAGAGGUGGUAGCCGCCUGGGAGAAGGAACAAGCGGAAAUGAUAAGAAGAGAACAGGAGAAAACUGAUAACCGUGUGUAUGGAAAUUGGAGACGUUUGAUUAAAGGUCUUCUUAUCAGGGAACGUUUAAAAGCCAAAUAUGAUUUCGGGACACCUUCAGUUUCUGGAACCACUAAAGAGAUAAAGAAAAAAGCUAAGGCACCAACAUAUUGUACCAAAAGAACAUAGCUGUAUGUAGUGGUUUAUGCAGAUUGUUGAUUGAUUAGUAUGAUCUACUUUGAAGUGGAAUUUAUGAAAAAUGUGUGAUAAGUGGUGAUUAAUAUUAAUAAAUUGUUACAUUCUGAUGUCUUAUUUUGAAAUUAUCUUGAUAUUAAGCCAAACUUUUACAAUACUUAUUUUUACUUGUACCAGUAAGUUUGAAUGAAUAA